GCCCCCUGGCGGCCGGUCGGGGGAGGCGCAGGGCCUGGCCGGAGCGGGCGCCGAUGGACGCGGGGCGCUGCCAACCGGGCGGGCGGCUGGACAUGAGCCACGGCUUCGUGCGGCACAUCCGGCGCAACCAGAUCGCCAGGGACGACUACGACCGGCAGGUGAAGCAGGCCAAGGAGCAGCUGCGGCGGAGGCUGACGCCCGCGCCCCCCCGGCCCCGCAGGCCCGACCAGCAGGUCUACCGCGCCGGCCGCAGAGGCGCAGCCGGAGCAGCCCCGGGUGGCGUUGAGGGCGAGUCGGAGGCGUCGAGCGGGAGCAGCUCCAGCAGCCGCGAGCGGUGCCCCCGUGGCCCGGCCCUCUUCUGCCUGGAGUACGAGGCCGACGGCGGCCAGGUCACCUCGGUGGUGGUCUACCAGGACAAUGACCCCGAAGAAGUGGUGGAGAAGGUCAGUGCCCAGAAUCAGCUGGAGCCAGCUUUGCACGAGGCCCUUCGGCAACGAGUACAAGAGGAAUUGGAGAAGCGGCGAGUGAAGCGCUGAGAGCCGUUGCAGGGAUUGAGAAAUGCUUUAGGGGAAAUGGCGCUGGGCCUGCUUACCAGCACACAGGACCAGGCUUGGGGGCUCCUCUUAUGCUGCUCAAGGGUACCAUCAGGAGCAGUGGCAGAAGGAAGCAAAUCCCUACAGCCCAUCCUUUGACAGAGCUGCCCCAAAAGAAAGCGAGCCAAAUUGUUGCAACCCAGACUUGCUGGCUGGCUCUGUAUUGUAGUGGUCUGCCUCUCCCUCCCCCUCUUGCAAACAUCCAAGUCGAGCCUGCUGUUUGCUUGGACGCCAGAGCCAGGCGGAGGCAGCAGGGUGUUGCCAGCUGCCUGACCCAACUUCUCAGGGUCUUGGAUUGAGGGUAGAGGCGGCUGCUGUGAAUUGGUUAUUGAAGGGAGCUGCUCCCUUGUCUAGAUGUGCAGCUUUUUGGUAGAUCAGCCAGAAGGACCUUUCCUCGUGCAGAAAGUAGACCGCUGGGCUGACCCAAGGGUGGGGUGGGGAGGAUGGGAACCAGCAGGGCUCUCUUGGAGGUCGUUGCCUUGCCCUCUUCCUGCCAGCAAAGGUUCUCAGAAAUGUGGCAUAGGGUUGUAAAUAAAGACCUAGAACCUGC